GCUAAAGUGAGCGCUCGAGGUCAUUGACUCAUGCAUUUCAGAGUUACCAGAACCAUGAUAGACACUAGAGGUUUGUAACUGUGGUCAUCAUCCCACUUAGGGUGUUUUGUUUCUUCUCCAAAACCUCACUCUUGUCAAGUCACCCCAAUUUUGCAAACCACCAGAGCAAUGCCUGAUCCGCUCAUAUAUGCAGUCCCUGCUGUCGUAUUCCUCUACGCAUCCAUCUACUACAUCAUUCCAUUCGUCAAACGAAUCCUCUUUUCCCACAGAUCAGGAGUUGUCCUCUCCGUCUCCAAAUCCCCCACUCAUUCCUUCUCAAAGCCCACUUUUGACUCCAUCACCCUCAUUGCCGGUCUCGGCGUCGAAGGCGACAGUCACCUUGGAGUCGAAGUCCAACAUCUAUCUCGUCGUAAAGGCAAGAUCAUCCCUCCAAAUUUACGACAAGUCCAUAUCAUGCAGUCGGAACUGUUUGAUGAGGUGAAAACUGUAGGAUCCAAUGGGAAGAGCUACGAUAUCAAGCCGGGCGAUUUGGGGGAGAACAUUACGACUAGAGGGCUUGAUGUGUUGAAUUUGAGUGUUGGGACGAGAUUGAAGUUUGUUAAUGAGGGAGAAGAUGACAAUGGGAAAUGUGCUAUUGUGAGAGUUACUGGUUUGAGGAAUCCGUGUCCGCAAAUUGAUAAUUUUCGGAUGGAUUAUUGGCAAGGUGUGUUGUGAAAGAUGGAAUGAAGGUUGUGGAACGAAAGGCGGGAAUCAUGAGUGUGGUUGAGAGAGGUGGGGAAGUGAGAAGGGGAGCUAGAGUUGUGGUAAAGGAGCCUUGAAUUUUUAAGAAACAGGAUAUGGUGUAACGGGGACCAUUGCCUUAGCUCACGGGAUAUUUAAAAAGGUCCAUGCUGUUGAUAAAAUUUACGAUUUUACUCAAGUUGGGAGGAAGGAAAGAACAUGCACUCUCAUGGAAGAGAGGAACUUUGUGCUAUAAUUUAUAAUUCUGUGAAGUUAGGAGAAUGACACUGAGGUUGUAAAGGCAGCAUAGAAUAAGGAAAAUAAAAGGCAAGCUA